AUGACUAGUGUUGAAACUCCAACUGGUCGUCAAGCUGUAGAUUUCUGGGUCGCUGGCUCCCGUGCUCACGCGCGGCCCUGGUUUGUUUCAGGUGGCUGGCUCCUGGUGACUCUCCUCUGCCUCAGCCUGGCCGACUUGGCAGCGACCUCGCCGCUGCCUUCCUCCUGGCCCAAUCUGAAUGACUGCCUAAAUGUUUCCAAAUCCCUGGUAACCGCUGCGAGGGACGCGCUGCACCAGCUGAAGGAGCUUGGCACGCUAGGAUUUGAAUGUACUCUUGAAGAGGUUGAUCUUGAAGAUAUCACUAAGAAUAAAAUCAACACAAUUAAGGCUUGUAUGGCAGAAGAGUCAAAGACUGAAAAUUGUCCUACACUGAAAAGAGCUGAUUUUGAUAAGAUUGAGUGCCUGCGAGGUAUCAAUGAAGACCUGAAGGCUUACAAGGCAGAGUUCAAGAAUUUCAAUAACCAGAAGAUACUGGCUGCUAUUGACAAACUGAUACAGGCUGUGAAAAUUAGCAGUGUGAGUGUGGAGCAACCAUCUACAAACAGAGGAUCAGCCUCUUUCAAAGAGAGAAUGAGGUUAUGUAGUGUUCUCCAUGCUUUUACAAUUCGCACUGUGACCAUAACCAAGAUGCUGAACUACCUGAAUUCUCCUGGAAGCUCAUCCUAAUCACUGAAACCUGGAAGCACUUUCUAUAAAACAUUGAAUCAAAGCUAUUUUAAGUAUCUGAAGAAAAUAUAUAUUAGGUUCUACUUACUGCAAGAGCUCUGUGUGCAGAACUCUCACUGAAGUCAUUGAAACUUGUACACACAGAGGGCUUCCAGGAUAUGGACCUGAAUUUAAGAAUACAGUAAUAUUUCUACAAAAACUUUUCAAGGAUUUAGCACAAUAAUAUUCUACAAUAUUUUUCAUGACCUAAGUUGUCUUGAGCAAAAUACUAUCAGUGUCUUUUAAGCUAAGAUGUUAAAUUUCUACAUUUCUAGAAAAAAUAAGCU